GGUCAAGAGUCGUCCUGAGCUGACCGCAGUUGCCUUCAGAAGCAUUUGGAGCCCUGUAGGUGAAGCCUGAGAACAGCUACCUCCGGGGACCAUGCCGACCGUGGAUGAUAUUCUAGAACAUAUAGGAGAAUUCCACCUUUUUCAGAAACAAACAUUUUUCCUCUUAGCUCUGCUCUCUGGUGCCUUCACCCCCAUCUAUGUGGGCAUCGUUUUCCUGGGAUUCACUCCUGACCACCACUGCUGGAGUCCUGGAGUGGCCGAGCUGAGCCAGCGGUGUGGCUGGAGCCCGGCAGAGGAGCUGAACUACACUGUGCCGGGCCUGGGGUCUGCAGGUGAGGCCUCCUUCCUCAGCCAGUGCAUGAGGUAUGAGGUGGACUGGAACCAGAGCACCCUUGACUGUGUGGACCCACUGUCCAGCCUGGUUACCAACAGGAGUCACUUGCCACUGAGCCCUUGCGAGCAUGGCUGGGUGUACGACACUCCCGGUUCCUCCGUCGUCACUGAGUUUAACCUAGUGUGUGCUCACUCCUGGAUGCUGGACCUGUUUCAGUCAGUGGUGAAUGUGGGGUUUUUCAUCGGUGCUGUGGGGAUUGGCUACCUAGCAGACAGGUUUGGUCGGAAGUUCUGCCUCUUGGUCACCAUCCUCAUCAACUCUAUCUCUGGGGUUCUCAUGGCCAUUUCCCCCAACUAUGCCUGGAUGUUGGUGUUUCGCUUUCUCCAGGGACUGGUCAGCAAAGCGGGCUGGUUAAUUGGCUACAUCCUGAUUACAGAAUUUGUUGGGCUGGGCUAUCGCAGAACAGUGGGGAUUUGCUACCAAGUCGCCUUUACUGUUGGGCUCCUGAUCCUCGCAGGAGUGGCCUAUGCCCUUCCCAACUGGAGGUGGCUGCAAUUUGCUGUGACUCUGCCCAACUUCUGCUUCCUGCUCUAUUUCUGGUGCAUACCGGAAUCUCCAAGAUGGCUGAUCUCCCAGAACAAAAAUGUGAAAGCCAUGAAGAUAAUUAAGCAUAUUGCUAAGAAAAAUGGAAAAUCAGUGCCAGUCUCUCUUCAGAGCCUGACAGCAGAUGAGGAUGCUGGCGAGAAACUGAACCCUUCGUUCCUGGACUUGGUCAGAACCCCUCAGAUAAGGAAACACACGUUGAUCUUGAUGUACAAUUGGUUCACGAGCUCUGUUCUCUACCAGGGCCUCAUCAUGCACAUGGGCCUUGCAGGGGACAACAUCUACCUGGAUUUCUUCUACUCGGCCCUGGUGGAAUUCCCAGCCGCCUUCAUCAUCAUCCUCACCAUAGACCGGGUUGGUCGCCGCUAUCCCUGGGCCGCGUCAAAUAUGGUGGCAGGAGCAGCCUGCCUAGCUUCGGUGUUUAUCCCUGAUGAUCUACAGUGGCUGAAAAUUACCGUCGCGUGCUUGGGUAGAAUGGGCAUCACCAUGGCCUACGAAAUGGUCUGCCUGGUCAACGCUGAACUGUACCCCACAUACAUCAGGAAUCUCGGUGUCCUCGUCUGCUCCUCCAUGUGUGACAUUGGCGGCAUCAUCACACCUUUCCUGGUCUACCGUCUCACCGACAUCUGGCUGGAGUUCCCGCUGGUCGUAUUUGCUGUGGUUGGCCUAGUUGCUGGGGGACUCGUGCUGUUGCUGCCUGAGACCAAAGGCAAGGCUCUGCCUGAGACCAUCGAGGAUGCUGAGAACAUGCAGAGGCCAAGUAAAAAGAAAGAAAACCGAAUUUACCUCCAAGUCAAGAAAGCAGACCUUCCACUAAGCUAAGGAGAAAGAGCAUCGUUGCUGCUGGAGCUCUGAGACCAGAGGCAGAGCUUCUCUUCCCCUCCUCCCAAACCCACACAGCCCAACCUCACUUACCCCUGAACUCCAUCAGCAGGGAGCUGUAGCCCACACAGUUUGUUGCACUGAUGUGUCAAGCUCUUCCUCCCACCAGGAUCUUCCACCUCAUUCCACUCUCAGUGGUCCCAGGAAAUGGCCAUGGCUUUACUGGAUUUGUUGGGGUGCUUUACAUUUCUUUACUUGAUUUCUUUCUCCAUCAUGACAUCAAACCAAAAUAUCCAAGGGAGCUGUGGACCAGGACAAACAACUAUUAAAAAAAUAAGAAAUCUGAAAAACGAUAGACGUGAGAAAAGAAAUUUUAAUAUUUUUUUUGAGCAAAUAAAAACCUCAGAAUGUA